CUCAUCACAGCCACAGCACUGAAUGCUCCAAUACCUCCAAAAGUACAGAAUUGUAGUCGCGUAAUCCAAAUUGACCGAUCCGAACCGUCAAAAUGUCAAUUCGACACGUCAACACCGCGCCCCAGGCAUCCGACUUCACCCCGCUACACGAGCACCAAGAACAGACACCGACGACCUUCUUCGGCGCAAAGCCAGUCACAUACGCAAGCUAUUCCGGAGUCACACUCUCAGCGCCAGUAUCACAACUGCAGGAAGACCCUGUAUUCGCCAAGUUCGGCACGACCACUGAUGGCGACGACACCCUGAUCAAGGAUGUAGAUAUCUGGGUGACCUCCGAAUCUCUCAUACUCUUCCAAACCGGCCCCACACCCACCGGCGCCUCCAUCAACUACCCCACCAUCGCGCUCCACGCAACCAUGAAGUGGAAAUCGCAAAUCGAAGCACUCUACAUGAACCUCUCGCUCAACGACGCCGAGUCUGUCAACGCCGAAGAGGACAUCCAGACCCUCGAGCUCACCGUCUUACCACCGAACUACGCCUCCUCCUCAGAUGCAGACAGCACGUGUAUCAAGGACGUCUUCGCCGCGAUGAAUACCUGCGCGGAUAUGCACCCGGAUCCGAAUGCUGAUGACGAAGGAGGUGAUAUCGACGCGGACUUGAGCGCGCCGGGCGCGAGUGGCUGGGUCACGGUGGAGAACAUGGACCAGUACGUCGAUGAGGAGGGGAAUUUCAGUGGGAUGGUCAUUGGGGAUGAGCUAGGGCCGGGCGCAGGGACGGUGAGGCAGAGAGAUGAUGAGGGGACAAAUGGGACUAAUGGGGAGGAUACGAAGUGGAGUAGGACGGGAUGAGUCAGGAAAAAGCUGUAAGUAAGCUCUAGGACAAGACAGUCUCGCGUGGUGACUGCCUGGAUACCGAAGUAGCGGAAGCACGCACGUGCAAAAUACACCCAUAAAUCGAAUAAAUCAUAUUGGAAAACAAGCA